UGUCUGGCUGGGCUGUGAAAAGCACAAGUACGGAUGACCCCAGGAAGGCAGGGCUGUCAUCGCACUGAGCUCCUGCUUAGCGCUCCCAAAAGGAGGCUGUGUGGCAGCCUCGGUUCUCUGAGGCACAGGGACACGGAACAAAACCACGGGAUGCAAGAGCGUGACUGUGACCGAGCAGGUCUCCUGGGGUUUGCUGUCUCCCAGCACUCACAGACCUCCUGUUGUGUGUCUGAGAGAGAAAUGCUGUCGCCGGGCAUGGGGAUUACCUUGUUUUCCUGGGGCACCCACAAAGGGGCUGCCAUCAACCUGCAGAGAUCAUCCAGCAGCUCUGCAUGGCUCUGCAGGAUGUUUUGGUUCCUGUGUAUUCCACCCAUUCUGGAUACCUUUGUGCAGCCUGAUUCUUCCCCGGGAUACUGCUGGCCUUUCCAAGGGUCUGAGAGUGAGGUGCUAAUCCAGUUGCCUGCAAAAGUACGACCAACGGCCAUCACCGUACAGCACACCUUAAAGACAGACUCUCCGCUGAGGACUAUCAGCAGUGCCCCGCGAAAUUUCAUAGUCUAUGGACUGAAUGAAGGAGGCAAAGAUGAAACUCCGCUUGGGACAUUCACCUACACUGCACAGGAAGAGGUUAUCCAGACCUUCCCUUUGCAGGAUGAGAUGAGAGACUUCCAUUUCUUGAAGCUUGUCGUACAGAGCAACUGGGGAAAACCAGGCUACACCUGUAUUUAUCGAGUGCAGGUGCACGGGAAGGUGGAUGGAACCAGUGCCAUCAGCCAGAUUUCAGAUGUGAGGAACUCACUUCAGUAAGAAUUAAAGAGGAAAAUGGAGAAAGGAGGAGAGUGAUUGGCCGUUAGUCUGGGGCACAGCAAUGUCAGUGGCCUUCUCACAGCUGCCAACCACUGCCUUUCGCAGGCCAAGGCCUUCCUCAAGCUUUUCACUUUCUCUCCACCACAGGAAUGUUUCUUAAGUGACCAAAAGGAGACAACAUUCCCAUUGCCUUUUCUUGCCUAGUUCCUUGACAAAAUCUUUUGUGGGUCAUGAUCAUCAAAGCACGGGCCCAUUCCAUUCACACAGCACCUUGACUCUGGGGACGGGGUCCAGUGGGGCCCCGCACAGGGUGCAGCCAAGUCUGCAUGAGGUG